AUGGCUAACAAGGACAAGCCGCGCCUACGGUUUGCGCCGAUACCUAUCGAAACAACUUUCGAGCGAUAUCGCACCACGAUUCCGGCUGGCGAGCCGACACCUAGUCCGUCGCCGCGGUCGCCAUCACCUCCGCGGCGAGAAAAACGACGAUUUGCACCGCAGCUUGUCGAGUCUUCAGUCCGGCGAUCACGGCGAGCUGGUGACGAAGGGCCUGCUACCAAGCAUACCGAUAAGACGGAUAUUACGCCCUAUACGAACCACAUCUACGCCCCUAAAGCACGCAAACGACCCGGCUAUGGAGCAAUCCCGGGGACACCGUCCAGGCAGAAGGGCCACGCCCGCCGGGAGUCUUGCGAUGACGAGAUUGCCGGUGGCGUCUUCGACCUGGUAGCUCGAGAUGCCCAGAGAAAGCUUCAAGAGGUGGCCAUGAGUGCCUUUCCUAACAGUGGUGAGCGCAUAGGCGGCGCGGAGCACUUCUACGUGCGGGAAGGUUCCGACGAUGACGGGCCCAGAGGCAGACCGCUGACCAGGGGCCCUUGGAACCCUCUGCAAUCGCGACGGAACUCGUCCGAAGAGGAUAUCAGCUGGGCGUUCAAGGAGAUGCAAGAGCAUGUCUACCUUCUUGAAAAGGGCCUAGACCGGGAUAGGGUAGACACGAUUGACCUCGACAACGUUAGCAUUGAUGGCCCGCCUAGCGAUGCCAUGGGCUUGACUAGAACGCAGAGGACGUCGAUAGCCAGCUCCCCGAUAUGGACAUCGAGACCAUCGUCGGGCUCUCUUGGGCCAAUUGGCGAGACGCAUAUGCCUCUUCUCCGUACUGACUCGCCCCUCCCUACCAUCGGCGAGUCUGUUAUGCCGUACAUCCCCCCCGAACCCCCCGCUAUCCGCCCAAUUGGCGAGAGCCACAUGCCCUACAUCCCCUCGGCCCCCGCCGGUCAGGCCAUGCACAUGCCAUAUGCCCCGGCCUCUCAGAUCCCUCCCGAGACAAGCUUCCGGCAUCAUGCGCCUUUCAUGCCCUACAACCAGGAAAGGGACAUGUCACUGGAGAGAGCCCGACAACAGCAUCGGCUUAGGCUGAAAGCGUCCCCGCCCUUGCUCGGCCAGGAUCUGGUGUUCCGUAUGUGCCCUUCCCCCAAGCAAACCAAGCUCGAGCCGGAUCAUCUCUGGGAUCUUCGGACGGGGUCGACAUUCGACGAACACAACCGAGAUCCGACCGGACAACACGGUCUCUGGCGCGGCUACUGCUAUGCGACGCACGGCUCGGAGCAUCUGGCCGCCAUCGAGAGGCCUGCCAUGAUCACGACGCCCGCACCUCAGAGCAACAACAAAGACCCGUUUGCACGCGCCUUUGGCGCCUCGGCACCCAUUGUGUUGAGCGAGGAACCCUCGCCGCUCGAGAGCGUAACGCAACCAGGCACCGUCUCGGCCACGCGGCACGGCAGCAUCCCCGUGCCCCAGCCAGAGCAUAGGACGCGCAGCAACGCACCUAAGGGGUUGCACAUGCUGCACAACCUGCAGACUCUGGAGGAGAAGCUGAAGAAGGAAAAAGAGGCGGCGGAGCUGGAGGAAAAGAUCGCGGGCGAAUUCGAUGACAGGUUCGUCACGCAGGUCUACAACUACCUGUCGCUCGGGUAUCCGGCCACGGCGAGGCUGUAUGACGAGGAGCUCAGCAAAAUCAGCCGGAUCAGCAUCGACGAGUUGGAGCGGGACGACGACGCCAUCAUGUACGACCUCUGGGGAGGGGAUGAGCAGCAGCACAAUGGUACCGACGGUGCUGGUGAUGGUGAUGGUGACAAGGCGUUGGUUCCAGCUCACCGGAAAAAGAUCAAGGCCACCGGGCACAUCAUGCUCGACAGCGAGGAGAAAGACGGAGUGAGCGAGGAGGAGCGGUGCCCGCGCUGGAAGGCGCUCAAGCGCUAUAUCUAUGAGUGGGCGAGGCAGCAUCCGGACCUGAAUGCUAUUAGCCCGCUGGCGUGGGGUGUUCAGGAGAGGAGGGGCAGCUGGGGGAUUUGA